AGACGUCUGGGAAGAAAUUUGUCACCCCCCUGCAACUGUUAUACUGUCUACAGUUGUGAUUGCAUGAGUGUGGCAAACCGGUAUCUCGCGGUCAGUAGGCGACCUCUCGUGACCAAACCUGGUAAAACAGUCCGUUCUGAUAUAGACUAAAAGAAUCUUUUAGGAAAACCCCUACAAGAAAAGUGGGAGGGACCUUUCCAAGUGCUGCUGACUACCUUCACCGCGGUUCGGAUCAAGGAGCGACCUACGUGGAUCCAUUACUCACGAGUCAAGAAAGCUCCGGAGAAUAAACAAGAGGAGCAGACAUCAUGAUCCUGACUUCACCGCAGAUCUUCACAACCCUGAUCAUUGGACUAAUGAUAAGUAUAGUUCUUCCCCAAGGCUCUGUCUCAAUAGACCCAUGGUCUAAUGCACACCAGUGUAUCCACCCGGAGUUGGAAACGGGACCGAAGGGGCCCUACUUUGAGGUGUAUGCCUUACGUAACAAUCAGCCAUAUGCGAGUAAAGUAUGGGAUCAGCCCUCCAUGGUAGCGUACGAGGGAGACCAAAUUCAAGUCGGGUGUCGAGAGCUUGACCCAAUAGAAGGAAAAACAAGGCGGCUGGUAUUAACAAUUCAACCCUUGAUGGCAGCCUCUGAACACAACUUAAUCACCUUUAGUCCAGUGAAAAUGGGGAAACCCACUGUCUGGAUUCAGCAAAAGGGCCCAAUUUCAUGCCAGUGGAGUGACUUCAGGGGAGAUCCACCCGGAUCACAACCCCGAAAUUCAGUAGUUUUUAGAGAAGAUCCGCUUGGGGAAAUACAUCCUGAAAACAUAACCCUUGACUUACACCCUCUUCUCUUUUCUGCGGGAAAGAUUGUAGCAUCUAAUGGUCCUGAGGAAGGGAAAGCACAGUGUGAGAUGGCAUUUAGAUUGGAACAGUCGAUGACGUUCACAUGUGAAAGGGAGCUGAAAGCCCUGGAAAUGGGUUUUGGCUUCCCUAAGCGUGCUGUCGCAUAUAAGGUAGCAUUACCGGAAGACGUGAUUCCAUUGUAUCCAGAUCUAGACUUGCCCCAAGAAACCACUCCACCGGUGGUAUGUAAAGUAGUACAUAACCUAACCUUUAUAGGGCCUCAGGUGAUAAGAAAAUCUAACGAACAAAAAUUAUUGUUAGACCCCACUUAUUCCCUGAAAAAGGUGCAGAUGAACUUCCACACCGAUAUUACGUAUUUGCAGAAGGAUUGCCAACCGUUUAUAAAGCAAAGCCUUAAGGGAUGGAAUGCAUGGCUAGCAACAAGGUCUCAUCAUAGAAGAGCACAAAGAGAUUUGAGUGGGUGGAUUGGCACUGGAUUUGGUAUAUUAAACACGAUAGAUCAAGAAGUAUUAGUGAAUAAAUUAAGUACCGUCACGUCGAACUUAGGAAAACUAAAAAUGCCCCUCAGUUCAUCCAUGCUUACAUUAGCAGAAACACAAUCGCUAGUAGCAAAAUUGCUAACCAUGGUAGCAAACCACACUGAAGAGGAUUUUUUGAAGUUCGCUAACUAUACAGGGGAACUUAGCAAGGAAAUUGCAUUAGCUAUCCAGUGCCCUCAGACACAACAAUGGGUACAAUCAGUAGCGGCAGGAAUACUGAGAGAAGGAACGUCAGGUAUAUUACCUCAGGAAAUAAGAGAAACAAUAUUAAAGGAUGAUCAUACUACACAAUUUGAGAAGGACCACCAAGCCUGGUGGCAAUUAGUAAAUUUCACUUAUGAGCCUCAACAGGAACACAUCGAAGCCUAUGUCCUUACCAUUAGUGCAGCAGAGGAAAGAGCUAUCUUUCCUAUCCUCACUCUAGGGACAAUACAUCAAGAUGUUAUUGUCAGGCCAAUAGACCAUAAUGUCUGGGCUAGUUAUGAUAAUACCAAAAAUAGGUGGCAAUCGGUUAGCACAGAAGCAUGUAUUCCUAGAGGACAAUUAGACUAUGUUUGUGAAAACGCUGUAGUAGAAGCAGAAGAUCUAUGCUUAGAUGCCGAGAACAGUUUCUGUUACUAUUAA